AUGUCCAGUCAAUUUGAGCAUCCAGCUGGUGGAUACAAGAAGCUCUUUGAGACCGCAGAAGAACUGUCUUCACCAAUAACUGCUCAUGUUACAGGUAAGAUUCCAGUUUGGCUGAAAGGCAGUCUGCUCAGAUGUGGGCCUGGUUUAUUUGAAGUUGGAUCAGAACCGUUUUAUCAUUUGUUUGAUGGCCAAGCACUUCUUCACAAGUUUGACUUCAAGGAAGGCCAUGUCACUUAUUACAGGAGGUUUAUUCGGACUGAUGCCUAUGUAAGAGCAAUGACUGAAAAGAGAAUAGUAAUCACAGAAUUUGGAACAUAUGCAUACCCAGAUCCAUGCAAAAAUAUAUUUUCCAGAUUUUUUUCAUACUUCCAAGGUGUGGAGAUCACUGACAAUGCCCUGGUGAAUGUGUAUCCUGUGGGAGAAGAUUUUUAUGCCUGUACUGAGACAAACUUCCUAACAAAAAUCAACACAGAAAAUCUGGAAACGAUUGAAAAGGUGGAUAUCAGCAAAUAUAUUUCAGUCAAUGGGGUCACAGCACACCCCCACAUUGAAAAUGAUGGAACAGUUUAUAAUAUUGGCAACUGCUUUGGAAAGAAUUUGUCUUUUGCCUAUAAUAUCGUAAGGAUACCUCCCCUUCAAGCAGAUAAGAAAGAUCCAAUGACAAAAUGCGAAGUGGUGGUUCAGUUUCCCUGUAGUGAAAGAUUCAAGCCAUCGUAUGUGCACAGUUUUGGACUAACUCCAAACUACAUCGUGUUUGUAGAAACUCCAGUGAAAAUUAAUUUGUUCAAGUUUCUUUCUUCCUGGAGUCUUUGGGGAGCCAACUACAUGGACUGUUUUGAGUCAAAUGAAAAGAUGGGGGUAUGGAUGCAUGUUGCUGACAAGAAAAAAGGGGAGUACCUCAACAUCAAAUACAGAACUUCACCUUUUAAUCUGUUCCAUCAUAUUAAUACUUAUGAGGAUAAUGGAUUUCUUGUUGUGGAUUUGUGUACAUGGAAAGGAUAUGAAUUUGUUUACAAUUACUUAUACUUAGCCAAUUUACGAGAAAACUGGGAAGAAGUGAAGAAAAAUGCACAAAAAGCUCCUCAACCUGAAGUUCGACGGUAUGUCCUUCCCUUAAAUAUUGAGAAGGCUGAUACAGGAAAAAAUCUAAUCACAUUACCUAAUACAACAGCCACAGCAAUUCUGCACAGUGAUGAUACCAUCUGGCUGGAUCCAGAAGUUAUUUUUUCAGGGCCACGACAAGCUUUUGAAUUUCCACAAAUAAACUAUGCAAAAUAUGCCGGGAAACCUUAUACAUAUGCAUACGGUCUUGGACUGAAUCAUUUUGUUCCAGACAGACUUUGCAAAAUGAAUGUUAAAACUAGAGAGACAUGGGUAUGGCAAGAACCAGAUGCAUAUCCCUCUGAACCAAUCUUUGUUUCUCACCCUGAAGCUAUAGAAGAGGAUGAUGGUAUUAUCCUGAGCAUAGUCAUCAGUCCUGGCUGUGGACCAAAGCCUGCCUACCUUUUGAUCUUGAAUGCGAAGAAUAUGAGUGAGGUUGCCAGGGCACAAGUGGACAUAAAUAUCCCAGUUACUUUCCAUGGACUCUUCAAAAGAGCAUGA